CCAGGUAAUUGGCACUGCGCGCCAGACUCCCCCUCCGCACAGCCCCUUGACCUGCAGCCUUCGGACCGCGCUACCGCGCAGACCCCGCCCGCCCGACUUGCUGCGGAUUGCCCUGAGGAACCCUACCCUUCCUUGAUUGAGGAUACCCUCCCCUCUGAUUCACGUGAGUUUGCAGAGAGAAUGAGUCAGCUAAGGCUGGUGCCAUCCCUGCUCGGGGCACAGGUUACAAGAUUCCUGGCUGCGCGGGACAUCUCAGUGUUCAACUGGCGUGGCAGGUCUUCUGGGUCUCCAGCUACCUUCCCUGGAAGCAGAGGUGGAGGUGGCUCCAGUUACAUGGAAGAGAUGUACUUCGCCUGGUUGGAAAACCCACAGAGUGUUCACAAGUCUUGGGACAGCUUCUUCCGGAAAGCCAGUGAAGAAGCCUCAUCUGCUCAGCCACAGCUCCCAUCUGUCAUCCCCGAGAGCAGGCCCACAGUCUGCAGCCGGACCAAGACCAGCAAACUGGUAGAGGACCAUCUGGCUGUGCAGUCCCUGAUCCGGGCCUACCAGAUCCGGGGCCAUCAUGUGGCCCAGCUGGAUCCCCUGGGCAUUCUGGAUGCAGACCUGGACUCAUUUGUGCCCUCUGACUUGAUCACAACCAUUGAUAAGUUGGCCUUUUAUGACCUGCGGGAGGCUGACUUGGAUAAAGAGUUCCAGCUUCCCACAACCACCUUCAUUGGGGGCUCUGAAAACACCCUGUCUUUGCGGGAGAUCAUCCGGCGCCUGGAGAGUACCUACUGCCAGCACAUUGGCCUGGAGUUUAUGUUCAUUAAUGAUGUGGAACAGUGCCAGUGGAUUCGGCAGAAAUUUGAGACCCCCGGUGUGAUGCAGUUCUCCAGUGAGGAGAAGCGAACCCUACUGGCCCGGCUUGUGCGCUCCAUGAGGUUUGAAGAUUUCCUGGCCCGGAAGUGGUCUUCAGAGAAGCGGUUUGGCCUGGAAGGCUGUGAGGUCAUGAUCCCUGCCCUCAAGACUAUCAUUGACAAAUCCAGUGAGAUGGGGAUUGAGAAUGUCAUCCUGGGGAUGCCACACAGGGGCAGGUUGAAUGUGUUGGCCAAUGUGAUUCGCAAGGACCUGGAGCAGAUCUUUUGCCAGUUUGACCCCAAGCUGGAGGCAGCAGAUGAGGGUUCUGGAGAUGUCAAAUACCAUCUGGGCAUGUACCAUGAGAGGAUCAACCGCGUCACCAACAGGAACAUCACAUUGUCACUGGUGGCCAACCCCUCCCAUCUGGAAGCCGUGGACCCUGUGGUACAGGGGAAGACCAAGGCAGAACAAUUCUACCGUGGGGAUGCCCAGGGCAAGAAGGUCAUGUCCAUCCUUGUCCAUGGGGAUGCUGCCUUUGCUGGACAGGGUGUGGUCUAUGAGACCUUCCACCUGAGCGACCUGCCUUCUUAUACCACCAAUGGCACCGUACACGUUGUUGUCAACAACCAGAUUGGCUUUACCACGGACCCCCGAAUGGCCCGCUCCUCACCGUACCCCACUGAUGUGGCCCGAGUGGUCAAUGCUCCCAUCUUCCAUGUGAAUGCAGAUGAUCCAGAGGCUGUGAUAUAUGUGUGCAGUGUGGCAGCAGAGUGGAGGAACACUUUCAACAAAGAUGUCGUUGUGGACCUGGUUUGUUACCGCCGGCGUGGCCACAAUGAGAUGGAUGAGCCCAUGUUCACACAGCCACUCAUGUAUAAGCAGAUACACAGACAGGUGCCGGUGCUGAAGAAGUAUGCAGAUAAGCUCAUCGCCGAGGGAACGGUCACCCUGCAGGAAUUUGAGGAAGAAAUUGCCAAAUAUGACCGCAUUUGUGAGGAGGCAUAUGGAAGGUCUAAGGAUAAAAAGAUCCUUCAUAUCAAGCACUGGCUGGACUCCCCCUGGCCUGGCUUCUUCAACAUGGAUGGGGAGCCCAAGAGCAUGACGUGUCCUACCACAGGCAUCCCUGAGGACGUGCUGACCCAUAUUGGCAAUGUGGCCAGCUCUGUGCCCUUGGAGGACUUUAAGAUCCACACAGGCCUCUCUCGCAUCCUGCGUGGCCGUGCAGACAUGAUCAAGAAGCGGACAGUGGACUGGGCAUUGGCUGAGUACAUGGCCUUUGGCUCCCUGCUGAAAGAGGGCAUCCACGUGCGGCUCAGUGGGCAGGAUGUGGAGAGGGGCACAUUCAGUCACCGGCACCAUGUUCUCCACGACCAGGAAGUUGACCGGAGGACGUGUGUCCCUAUGAACCAUCUGUGGCCUGACCAGGCCCCCUACACCGUGUGCAACAGCUCUCUCUCGGAAUAUGGAGUUCUUGGUUUUGAGCUGGGCUAUGCCAUGGCCAGCCCCAAUGCCCUGGUUCUCUGGGAGGCUCAGUUUGGUGACUUCCACAACACAGCCCAGUGUAUCAUCGACCAGUUCAUCAGCACUGGCCAGGCCAAGUGGGUGCGGCAUAACGGCAUUGUGCUGCUUCUGCCCCAUGGCAUGGAGGGCAUGGGCCCUGAGCACUCCUCAGCAAGACCCGAGAGGUUCCUGCAGAUGAGUAAUGAUGACUCUGAUGCCUACCCAGUAUUCACUGAGGACUUUGAGGUGAGCCAGCUCUACGACUGCAACUGGAUUGUGGUGAACUGCUCCACACCUGCCAGCUAUUUCCAUGUGCUGCGCCGGCAGAUCCUACUGCUCCGCAAGCCACUGAUCAUCUUCACGCCCAAAUCUCUGCUGAGGCAUCCGGAGGCCAGGUCAAGCUUUGAUCAGAUGGUGUCCGGGACCAGCUUCCAGCGAGUAAUUCCUGAAGAUGGGGCUGCAGCACAGGCUCCUGAACAGGUGCGGCGGCUCAUCUUCUGCACGGGAAAGGUAUACUAUGACCUGGUGAAGGAACGCAGCAGCCAGGGCCUGGAGGAGCAGGUGGCCAUCACACGCCUAGAACAGAUAUCUCCAUUCCCUUUUGACCUGAUCAAGCAGGAGGCAGAGAGGUACCCAGGAGCGGAGUUGGUGUGGUGUCAGGAGGAACACAAGAAUAUGGGCUACUAUGACUACAUCAGCCCACGCUUCAUGACCAUCCUUGGCCGCACUCGCCCCAUAUGGUAUGUGGGCCGUGACCCAGCAGCUGCACCAGCCACUGGAAACAGGAACGCACACCUGGUGUCAUUGAAGAAGUUUCUGGAUACUGCCUUCAAAUCUCCAGGCCUUCGAGGGCAAGACAUUUCUAGAGUUAGGCAAGGACUGCCUGGGUCUUGCUGUGGGAUCAGUUGGGGACUUAGGGGGCCUGAGAGGGGUAAGGGCUACUUGGUACCCCAGGACCAACCAUCCUUAUGUAGCAAUCGAGGCCAAAGAGUAGGCUUUGGUACUAUACCAACUUUGCUUUCAUGUUCAUUUCAGAAUCUGUAAGACUAAGAAAGUCAGAGGGUCUGAUAAAGGGGAUAUAGUUCUAGAGUAUUCCUCCAGCUUCCUGAUCUUCCUGGAAGGUUUGUGUGAUUUCUCCAUUUGUGUUGUUCAUGUCUCAAGACUGUCAACAGGAGCCCUUGUGUCACGAUCACUCCCAUCCUGGCAGACCUGGAUACCACUCACCCCAUCUGUGUUCAUCUGUAGAUUCAAAAGGAUGUUCUCUUUUGUGCCCUUAGACGUAGAGAUUUCAGCAAUAACAAACAGGUGAAGCAAAACCAUGCUAGGAGACUUAUGUGUGCUCUGUUUUAUGGGGCAUUCUUAAGAGAGAUGUCAGCUUCAGUGUUAGGUGCAGCAACAGCUCAUGUGUACCAAAGUAGAAAACCAAAUACAGGAGUUUUUAAAAAUGCUUAAGAGAGAUUUGCUGUUUUGGUUUCAUGUUAUAAAUCGAGGGAGGAACAUUUGGUGUAUUCUGAGUAGGGAGUGGGGAGAAAGAAAAGAUAAACACGUAAAGGACAGAUUUCCUCCAAGCACGAGGCAUUGUUGAAAGGCUUUGGCUUCAUCCCUACCCAGCUUCUGUUGGUUUUACUUCCCACCAAGAUGCUGAGGACCUGUAGCACAGAGGACAUUCUGCUUUCUACAAUCAUUUGUUAUCCCCUUCCCCGGGCACUUCCUCUGUGCUAGAUGCUGGGCACUGGGGUGUGCUGGCUUUUCAAACUCAGGAAUUCAGCUGGCUAGAUGGAAUUUUUUAUUUUAUUUUAUUUUUUUGGGGUGGGGUGGGGUGCUGGGGAUCAAACUCUAGGCCCUGUAACUGCUAAGCACACACACUCUACUGUUGAACUACACCCUCAGUUCAGUGCAAGUGGUUUUAAUUCACUGAGUUAAGGGUUAUGCUGGAGGUAACAGAGUGUGUGCAAGUCAGAGAAGGCUCCCUGGACGAGAUGGUGUUAAGAAAGUGGCAUCUGAAGGGAGAUGAGUCUCCCUAGAGCAGACUCAGAAGUACUAAUCGGGGUUGGCAUGGGGCUACAUAAAGAAGAAAACAACCUGAGGUUGGACAGGGAAGUGUUAAGUGCUGUCAGCCUCAGAUCCAGCUUGGGGUGCACUUUGAAUUCUACUGCAGAAGCAUUCUAAGUGAAAAUAAUAAUAAAGUAAAAAUAAUUACA